CGAUCCUUUUAAUCCAAGAUUAUAAUUAACAUAAUUGUUUAAAUCUCUGCUCUAGGAUGAAUAUUCUAGUGUUAAUUUACCUUUUACUAUCUCGGCUGUUGUCAUAUUUUCCGUUGGCAAAUUUUUUAAUAGGCAUCAGCUUCGCAACGGACACUCAAUAGGACAAGGGAGCUUUAGUGAUCACAUCCCUUAAGUAAAGCGAUUCGAAUUUAAAUGAGUUUCUUUUUCAAGUAAUUCAGGCAAGUUUUUCAAUGACUGUCCAUUCUUAUCCUGGGAACAGAAUUUUGUCCAAAUAUUUAAUGCAAACGAUGUCAUAUUCAUUAGGAGGAUGUCAAGACCGACCAUUGUUGUAACAGAACCCUCGUCAAUUCGUGUAAUUACCAAGUAACUAACGUACAUUGGUCACAAUAAGAACAAGAGAGAAGGAUUUUCAGCCCUAUUUCACCGGAUGUAAGAAAUAUUGCAUCGGUAAAACUGUUCUUGGUGUUGUGCGAUCAAAUUAGAUAUCCAAGUUUGGCUUUCAGGAAAGGUGUCGCAAGUUAAGAAUUACUAGCCAGCUUCGAAACAAUUUGCCCCUCAUGUGACCGGGCGAUUCAUUAGUCAUCCUCAGCUAUAUUAAUCAUCAAAUCAAGAGUUUCUACAUAAAAGUUUGAGCAGUGUCCGUUGGUGUUAAUCAUGAACGAGACUGCUGAAUCACAUCACGAUGAACACGGACAUUUUGAAGGAAUUCCAGCAGCAUCAGUCACACUUUUGGCAGGAAUUUGUAGCGCUUUGCUUGGCUUCGUUUCAUUCGCAACAAACAGUGUUCUUCUAUGGACUCUUUUCAAAGAUCCGUACAUGUAUUUCCGAGUGCGCCCCACAACUUUCCUCGUGGUAAGCCUCUCGCUAAGUGAUUUACUUGGAGGAAGUUUCGCGCAACCUUUGUACUCAACAUACAUGCUUUGCCUUCCAUAUAAAGUCAAUUUACCAAGCCUACACAAGAUUUCUACUGUUUCUUCUCAUAUUAGCACCAAAAUAUCAAUUUCAACGGUCGUGGCGUUAUCAGUGGAUAGAUUUCUGGCUAUAAAGCUUAUUUGGAAGUAUAGGACGCUUAUAACAUUGCGAAAGGUCGUCAUAUGUAACAUUUUGAUAUGGCUCAUUUGUGGGCUGUUUGAAGCAUUGCACUCCAUAAGUACAUCAAAGGAAAUAUUCCACACAGUGGAUCUUCAUAUUCAGUCUACGGCUCCACUAACAAUACUUUGCGUUGUCAACGCAGCGACUUACAUUGAAUUCCGCCGAUAUUCAAGAAAAGUCACGUUUCUGCAACAAGACAAUGGAGGAAGAUCGCGCGUUUUUGCUCGGAACAUCCGUGUGGAAAAAAAGAUCGUUUUGACAAUUAUUCUGAUCACAAUCGUGUUGUUUAUAUCACUUAUGCCCUACCUAAUUGUUACUAACUUGGAGGAGUGGUGUCCCAAGGAACAAAGCAAUGUGUGUGAUGGACCAGCUUUUGAAAUAUCCAGAGCUCUAUCAAUGUCGAUGUUGUGCGUAAGCUGCGCUGUAAAUCCGUUUCUAUACGCGUGGAGAAUACCGCAGUAUCGACAAGCGCUAAGAGCUGUUUGCCGCACAACUUUCAGCAGGUUUGCUUGAGGGAACCGAACUACGUGUAUUAGUAAAGGUUUAUCAGCCUUUCCUACUACUUCAGACUCUGGAAGUUAAUCGAACAGAACACUCCUGCAGGGGAUCAAAUUCAACCAAAGCAAGAGUGACUGAAAUCGCUAAGACUUAGGCACGAGACCAAAAUGCUCUUAAUGGAGCGCAAUUAAUUUUUCUGUUUAUGGAGCGUGUAAAAGGAGAUAUCAAUAUCUUUGUUCAAUCCUCCUCGAUCUUUGUAAUUCAGAAUUUUGUAUCUUUUUUUUUCAAAGGGUUAACAGGCUAUAAAGUGUGUGAAAAUAUUAAAGCUUGUCUCAAAAGCACAAGUCGUAAUUUUUAAAGCUCGCUUGUAAA